GGCCUCUUCUCUCUCUCUCUCUCUCUCUCUCUCAUCAGCCACACCACGAAUGCAGGCGCCGACCGCUGCGGAAGCGUCGAGGUUGCUCUCUUCUUCCACGAUUCAAACCCUCUCCUUCUCCCUCGAGCUCCGAAAGGACCGUCUAUGGGAUGUUCCGUGGAUCUCCAACCCUAGAUAGGACUGGAAGAGGCGAGGAGGUGAGUGGGCGGAGGAAGAGAUGGAGAGGAGCGAGCGAGACCACGCCAUGGGAGACUCCAUCCUCACCACCCUGACUAUGGAGAACCCCCAUCCCCCCUCCACCGUCCUCUCCAUGGACCCCGCCGGGCCGCCGCCGGCGACGGUCCCCGCCCACAAUGACUGCGACCACGAGAUCUCCAACAUCCAGCGGCGACAGCAGUCCGUCCUCUCCUGCCCGCCCGACAUCAAUCUCCCGCUCUUGGUCGACCAGUCGUCUCCGCAGCAGCCCUGGGACCCUGACCCUAUGGACAUACUGGACGUCGGCCUGGGUCCCCAGAUCUACGACCAUGAUGCCGUUCUCAACCUCCCCAAGGUGGGUGGCACCGGCGGCGCCGCCGGGGCCCGUAAGUGCGCCAAGAGAGGGGACAGCAUAUGGGGCGCGUGGUUUUUCUUCACUUACUACUUCAAGCCCGUGCUGGCGGAGAAGUCCAAGGGCAAGGUCGUCGUCCGCGACGCAGAACUCGACAAGUCCGACCUCCGCCUCGAUGUCUUCCUCGUCCAGCACGACAUGGAGAACAUGUACAUGUGGGUCUUCAAGGAGCGGCCGGAGAACGCGUUGGGGAAGAUGCAGCUGCGGAGUUACAUGAACGGCCACUCGCGCCAAGGGGAACCUCAGUUCCCUUUCAGCGUUGACAAGGGAUUCGUGCGAUCCCACCGGAUGCAGAGGAAGCAGUACAGGGGGCUUUCCAACCCCCAGUGCGUCCAUGGGAUCGAAGUGGUUCGGUCGCCAAACCUCUCGGUGAUAACAGAGGCCGACCGCAAAAAGUGGGCCGAGCUCACCGGCAGGAACUUGAACUUCUCGAUCCCAGCCGAGGCUAGCGAUUUCGAGUCAUGGAGGAACCUCCCAAGCACGGAUUUUGAGCUCGAGAGACCUCCCCCUCCUCCUCUCAAGACUGCAGCGCAUCCCAAUUCGAGGAAGGUGCUAAAUGGUUCGGGUCUUAACCUCUCCACCCAGCCAUCGAAUCAUGCAGGUGGAGAUUGCAUGGACCUUUCACCGGUCUACAGCAAGCGCAGGAAAGACUUCAUUUCCCAUGGGGCGUCCGAGGAUUGUUGCUCGUCCGGCAAUCCAUUGUCAGAUAGGCCUCAAGAUAUGGAAGUUCAUGCGACGGAGCCAUCAUGGGUGACUGAGUUCACUGGUGUAAUGAGGCAUGCGUGCGGCCCGGUGACUGCUGCAAAGACGAUCUACGAGGAUGAAGAAGGGUACUUGAUCAUGGUCAGCUUGCCUUUCUCCGAUCAGCAGCGGGUGAAGGUAUCAUGGAGGAACAGCCUGACACAUGGGAUAGUCAAGAUCUCCUGUGUCAGCAUUGCUCGGAUGCCUUACAUAAAACGACACGAUCGAACAUUCCGGCUCACGGAUCCUUCUCCUGAGCAUUGCCCUCCGGGGGAAUUUGUGAGAGAAAUACCACUAGCAACCCGGAUUCCUGAAGAUGCUAAGCUGGAAGCUUACUACGAUGAAUCCGGAACAGUUCUGGAGAUCAUGGUGCCUAAACGCAGCGCCGGACCCGAAGAACAUGAGGUUCAUGUGUGCAUGCGCCCUCCUCAUCUUGGUGCCAAUGAACUCAUGUUGACUUGACGGGCAGUAACUUGGUGUGUCUUGGACGGUGAUCAUGUUGUUUACUAACUCGAUUGUAUCGUAGGAAGAAACGUAUGAAGUGAAAGUUCAUCUUUGUCA